GCAUCGGAAAGCUUUUCCAAUGCUUAAGCUAAGCUCGAAUAGCCUCAACCAUGAAGGAAUCAAAAGUGGGAACGGUGCUUCGAGUGCGUUGUAAUAAUAAGAGAAAGAUAGACGGUCAAGCAUCUGCCUUCACAUUCUUCCAGCAUGCCGCGUCUUACAACCAAAUCGCUCGCUGCUCUUUUGCUGCUUGCUCCUGUAGCAUCAUCAGUAUCAGUAGCCGAGAACUUUCUCGAGACACUCCGCACACCCCGUCCGUUCCACGCCCUAUCCUCACCACCCCGGAACAGGACCUGUGUCGCAGAAUCCCACAACGACCUCAAAACCGACGAUGCAGAAAACAUCCUCCAAGCAGUCCAUGACUGCAACAACGGCGGCCACGUCAUCUUCGCCGACAAGCAAACCUACACCAUCGCCUCGCCGCUGAACCUCACAGGGCUCUCGCACGUCGACCUCGACAUCCAGGGCACCCUCUCCUUCCCCUCCGACAACCUCACCUACUGGCAAGCCAACUCCUUCGACCUGCAGUACCAGAACGCGACGUCCUUCUUCCUGCUCGGCGGCGCAGACAUCAACGUCUUCGGCGCCGGCACCGUGCAAGGCAACGGCCAGGCGUGGUGGGACGAGUACACGGGCAACAAGAAACUCAAGCGGCCGGUGCUGUUCGCGAUCGCGGGCCUGACGGGCGGCAGCGUGAGCGGGAUCAAGCUGCGCAACUCGCCGUUCUGGCAUAAUAUUGUCAUGGACUCCAGCGACGUCGUGUACUCCGGGCUCGACCUGUUUUCGACCAGCAACAACGGGAAUUUCGAGAAGAACACGGAUGGCUGGGAUAUCUACCGCAGCGAGCGCAUUACGAUUGAGAACUCGACGAUUACGAACGGCGAUGACUGCGUCUCCUUCAAGCCCAACAGCACCUCCAUCCUAGUGCAGAACCUGCGCUGCAACGGCACACACGGCAUCUCCGUCGGCUCGCUGGGCCAAUACCCGGCGCGAAUCGACUACGUAGAAGACAUCCUAGUGCGCAACAUCAGCAUGUUCAACUCGAGCGAGGGCGCGCGCAUCAAAGUGUGGCCGGACGCGUACUCUGAGAAAUCUGCGUCCCUGACGGGCGGCGGCGGCCGCGGCCUCGUCCGCAACGUGACCUACGACGGCAUGUACCUGGACAACGUCGACUACGGGCUCACGAUCACGCAGUGCUAUGGCCAGGACGACGAGGAGGAGUGCUUCAAGCACCCGAGCAAGCUGAACAUCACGGAUGUGACGUUUAAGAAUAUCAGGGGCAGGACGAAUCGCGUGUUCAGUCCGAUUGUGGGGCAUUUGGUGUGCUCGUCGCCGCACACGUGCUCGGGGAUUCUGGCGGAGAAUGUGGAUCUGCGGACGAUCAACGGGAGUAACCUGGUGACGUGCAGGAACGUGGAUGAGAGCACGUUGGGUGGGCUGAACUGCACGGACUGGAGCAAGGGGUAUAACCCUGCAUAGAUAGCCUGCAUGGCCGUCACUGU